GAGCAGGGAGCAGGGAGCGCUGCUUAUGAACACUGUGGAUCAGAACGCAGCCAUAGACUGAAUGACUCAAGGCGGAGCUGUUGCUGUAGCUGCACUCGUCCCCCUCUUUCACUUGUUUGAUCCUCUGUACCUUUGGUCCUUAAAAAACGACUGUGCUGCUGCAGAGAAAAGCAACACUUGUAACCACAGACAUCCUGCUGAAAUGGUCUGUCCAUACUUGUGACAUGCUAAUGAAGAAGUCUUCAUCUUCAGUUGAGGCUGAGCUUCCUGUUGGACUAAGAAAGAGAUUGUUCAUUCUACAAUCAAAAGACAGUUCCUGUAAGACUCUUCUCUGAAGGCCACAACCUCUCAUCUAAAGACACAGUGCUUGACGAUGAUGUCCAUGAAGAUGUGGUAUCUCUUGCUCCUCGCUGCCUUCCUGCCCAUUGUUCCCACAGUGACUGAAGUGGUGAAGUCGGUGUCCGACUGUGACCAGUUUCUCUUUGAAGCAAAGCCACCUCGGGUCCCAGGCAUCUUGGAAGGCGGGAAAAUUCUGAAUCAGACCCGAUACAAAGUCAUAUGUCAGACUUAUAAAGAUGAGAGAAAGUUUCUGACGCUCUACGACACAGAGAACAAGAUUCCAGUGUUUUCUGCUUUAAAGUACACAGGGGCAAAACACAAGGAAACCUCUGAUAUCCCUUGGAAGAUAGAGCCCCAGCUUGAAAACGGAAAAGACAAGAACAUGUGUGAUGUAGACCAAGACAAGACUUACACCAACCAGGCUGGGGACAAAGAUUACAGAAACAACAAAAGGUUUGACAGGGGCCAGUUGAUUCGAAGCUCUCACGGGUCCCAGAUAUCUGACAAAAACUCCACCUUUACCCUGACCAACAUCGUUCCACAAGCAAAAUCAUUUAACCAGAAAAGCUGGAAAAGAAUGGAGAAGCGCGCCAAACAUGUUGUGGACGAUUACUGCUCAGACAACAAUGGUGUUACUGAAGCCUAUGUGGUUACUGGAGCAAUACCAAACGACAGCAACAACAAACUCAACAACAGGGUUAAUAUUCCCUCCAAGCUCUGGUCAGCAUUCUGCUGCUACAGCCCCAAAGUGAAGAUACUGAUCACAAUGGCAUACUGGGCCGACAAUUCUCCUGAAACCAAAUAUGUGCCCACUAACACUCUGGCAGAACUCAAACAAGAACUGGGGAUAGAUGUGUUUCCUGAAACAAAAUGUCCUGUUUCUUAGUUUUUCACAAACAAUCCCAAUUGCCCAUGUCGCUCUACCUCACUUAUUUGCCUCCCAUUUAACAUCUGCCCCUGUCACUACAACAUCUGGUCCACUAUAUCUAGGACAGCCACAUCUACACCUGUUGGGGUUCUACCUGUAUGAGGAAAAUAUACAACUCUAGUGAAACAUUGGGAAAUUCGAACAAAGCCUUCAAUCCGUGAUUUUAUAGUUAUGUUUAAGAUUCAAGGAAAUUAAAAAGAACGUAAAUGCAUAAUUAACAACCUGAGAAUUGUUCUGUCAAAAGCUAAUCUUUUUAUGUUUUUGUUUUUUUCCUUUGUUACGAUUAUGGGCCUCUGAAUAGGAGAACGUGUCCUUUGCAUGGCUUCAGAUGAAAGACACUAAGUAAAUCUACAUGAUUUGUAGAAUGUGCAUGAAAUAAACUUUACAGUGAAUUAAA